AUGGUAAGGGUGUGGACCACGGUGGGCAGUGAUGAAGGGGGGGGGGGUGAGCGACUCGCAAUGGGGACCUCGCCGUGGCGCUGGGGGACUGGGAAUGCAAUUGUCAUGGUGAAGGCGCGACUCCGAGGGGAGAAGGAGCUGGAGGAUCAUUGGCCUCGUGACUGGACAAAGGGAGAAUUGUGGUGGUUGCGACAAGGCGUGGUGCUUUAUGAGCGAAAUGCGGGGUUGAGUUCAAGGAGGCUCGGUGAGGGUGUGAGGAACACUGAGAUGGCUAGUUGUGGGGUAAGAGAGAAGGGAAUGGGUCUGAGUAAAGGUAUAUGGAAGGGAGAUUUGGUGCUGAGUGAAGGGGAGAAAAAUCACGAGGGGAGACGAGUGAAGCUCACUAUGGAGGAAUGGGUGAGUUUGAGUGCUGCGAAGCGUGCGAGUGAGGUGAAGGGUGGUAUUGUGGGUGAGAGGGAGGUUGAAAAUUAUUUUUUUAAACAAAAAAUAUGUUAA